AUGAAAACAACAAUUCCAUCGGACGUGUGGGAGAGCAAGAAGGACGAGAUCACAAACUGGUACAAGGUCGAAGAAUGGCCGCUCAAGCAGGUGAUCAAGAAGGUACGGUGUGACAGCUUUGACCCAACUGAGACCCAGCUUCGCAGCAGGCUCAAAAAAUGGGGCGUGACGAAACCCAAUCGCCAGCGGCGGCAGAAGCCAGAGAGUCCGACGAACGAUUCAAAGGCCACGAAGACGGCAAUGCCGCAGAAGAGAGCCAUCGACCCUCUCGUGCCGUCCUUUCAUCGUCCUGUCGCGAGCCACACAGUCACAGAAAAUAGCGACCGGUGGGCGUUCCAGUCAACAAACCAGGAAUAUCUGCUUGAGAACCCUGUGUUCCUGCAGAGCGAACAAACGCACGUAGCUUUUGCCAUGCGACCGGCUCACAUCGCCGUGUCUGGAGCCAACACCUCGCUUCAUCAGUUGCAGCAACCGGCGUACGCGUAUAGCACUCCGAGCAAUUCAUUUGGGCAGCCGUAUCAACUACCCAACCCUAUCAGCGACACCAAUACCACAGCCGGAAUCGCAGCGCAAGUUCUACCUACACCAUCCUUUAGCAAUACUUCCUCCCAAUACUCGGCCGGACUUCCCUCACAUGCGCAAUCGCGCGAUCACAUUCAUCACGAAGGCCCUUCGGUAUUGCCACCAGAGCACUGGGUUUAUACCUCCACAGAGCAGCGAUUCCCAUCAGAUGCCUAUCACCACGUCACACAUCCUCCAUUCGUUUCCUCUGCUAGCGGCCCACCUUUAAUACGGGACGAGAGCCCUGCUGUGCACUCAUAUGACGAGAAAAUAUCACCAUGUUCGCAAGACGACUUCGAAUCAAUUCCAGACCUAAGAAAUUGGAAAAGGGCAUCCAAAAUUGCAGACUUGCAGGGAAACAUCGUGACAAGAGUUGCAAAUCGCCCCCCGAGAGUUCGAAAACCGAAGGUGGAUAGAGAAAAAUCAGACACUCCCAAAGAGAUCAGACGAGUAUAUGCCGAGGCCCAGAGAUCUAACGACAUGGGAAUAUCUCCGUUAAUCCCUUCAUCUCUUACAGAACAAACUGUUCACGUUGGAAUACCAUUCAGUGGUACUACUGGCGAGUACAUCCUGUCAACUUCUACCGGCUUAGACGCCAAGCCAGCACGAUAG